AUGAUCUCCCAUAGAGAAGUAGUUACAAAACAACAAGAAAGCCCAACAAGAAAAAUUCAAGUGAACAACCAAAACAAUAAUGGUUUGGUCAAAACCAGCAGCAGCAACAACAAGAGAGAAUGGUUGGAAUUAAGCCUUGGUAGAACAUCUAGCAGCAGGAAAUCUAAGGAGUACCAUCAGCCAAAACCCACAUUCCACAAAAUCUUUACAUGCAACUUCUGCAUGAGGAAGUUCUACAGCUCACAAGCAUUGGGCGGUCAUCAAAAUGCUCACAAGAGAGAAAGAGGAGUAGUUAGAAGGUAUCAUUCACAUCGUUUAAUGAAUUCUAUGAUCAUGGGUUUACCCUACAUUCAUACUACUCCAAGAACACUUGGUGUUAGUACUCACUCGUUGGUCGUGCAAAACCCUAACAUAUUAGAAGGAAAUACUGUUGGACAUUUUGUCGAUGUGGAAGCGUUGUGUAGUGCGAUUACUCGGUCGGCAAAGCAGCACUCGACAACCGCACAUAAUGAUAUGAUAUGGCCUGGAAAUUUUCAUGCGGAUCAUCAUUAUUCCAACCAAGUAGCACUCUCAAAUGGCCAAUCAUCAUCAUCAACCGAUGUUCAUCCACUUAAUUUGAAUCUUACUCUUUGA